CCUCGGCGAUCGCGUCGCUCAUCUUCGGCUGUUUUCGUGUUCGGUGAGCAGCCGUUGUCCCGGCAACGCGAGGCGGCGCUGCAGCCCCGCGAAGGUUUCAACCCUGAGUAGGUCUGAGUUUCAUCAUGGCCCUCUAUUUUGACCACCGAAUAGAAGCUCCAGGCUCAGCUGGGUCUCCUUCCCACAUCAGUUGGCACCCUGUUCAUCCACUUCUGGCAGUUGCCUCCAUCAGCACAACUGCAGGAGGCAGUGUGGAUAUAUACCUGGAACAAGGUGAGCACGUGCCUGAUACGCAUAUUGAGAGAUCGGUCCGGGUCUCUUCCCUGUGCUGGCACCCGACACGGCUGAUCCUGACUGUUGGCUGGGAGAGCGGAGAAGUGAUUGUGUUUAAUAAACAGGACAAGGAGCAGCACACAGUCCCCCCAACACACACCGCUGACAUCACUGUCCUUAACUGGAGCCCCAACGGGAACUGUCUCGUGUCAGGGGACAGGCUUGGUGUCCUGCUCUUGUGGAGGUUGGACCAAAGGGGCCGAGUACAGGGCACACCCCUGCUGAAACACGAGUACCGAAAAUGCCUGACUCACUGCAUCUUCCGGCUGCCCCCUCCUGGCGAGGACCUCGUGCAGUUGGCGAAGGCAGCUGUGAGCGGUGAUGAGAAAGCCUUGGACAUGUUUAACUGGAGGAAAAGUGGCUUCGGAAGUUUCUUGAAAAUGGGAUCUCAAGAGGGACUGUCAUUCUUUGUCAGCUUGAUGGAUGGGACAGUGCACUACGUGGACGAGAAAGGCAGGACCACCCAGGCAGCGUCCACGGACAGCUCCAUCCAAACACUGUUCUAUAUCCAGAAGAGGGAGGCGCUGGUGGUGGUCACGGAGAACCUGCUGCUGUCCCUGUAUUUGGUGACUCCCCAGGGGGAGGCAGAAGAAGUGAUGAAGGUAAAGUUGAGUGGGAAGAUGGGUCAUCGGGCAGACAUUGCCUUAAUUGAAGGCAGCCUCCUGGUGACCGCCAUCGGGGAAGCAGCCCUCAGAUUCUGGGAUUUAGAACGAGGAGAGAAUUAUGUGCUGAGUCCAGAGGAGAAGUUCUGUUUCAAAAAAGGAGAGACUAUAAACUGUGUCUCUUACUGUGAAGUCAAAGGUCUUCUGGCAGCCGGUACCGAUAAAGGGAGAGUAGCCAUGUGGAGAAAAGUGCCAGGCCCCCAGAGCAGCCGAGGAGUGGAGGGCAAAGACAAGUGGACCCUUCAAACCCCUACUGAGCUCGAAGGAAACAUCGCACAGAUAAAGUGGGGUUCCAGGAAGAACCUCCUGGCCGUGAACAACAUCAGCUCGGUGGUGAUCCUCAGCGAACAGGCCAUGUCGUCGCACUUCCACCAACAAGUGGCUGUGGUGCAGCUUUCCCCGAGCGUACUCAGCGUGUCCUUCCUGUCCACGGGGGUGACGCACAGCCUGCGCACAGACAUGCACAUCAGCGGUGUGUUCGCCAUCAAGGAUGCUAUCGCUGUCUGGAAUGGAAAACAGGUGGCAAUCUUUGAACCUUCUGGCACCACAUUACGAAAUGCAGGUACUUUCCUGUGUGAGUCUCCAGUGUUAGCGAUGCAUGAAGAAAAUGUUUACACGGUGGAGCUAAACCGAGUUCAAGUUCGAACCUGGCAGGGUACUGUGAAACAGCUCUUGCCGUUUUCCGAGACGGAGGGGAACCCAUGCUUCUUUGACAUCUGUGGAAAUUUCCUGGUUGUAGGGACGGACUUGGCUCACUUUAAAAGCUUCGAUCUUUCCCGAAGAGAGGCGAAGGUGCACUGCAGCUGCAAGAACCUGGCGGAGCUGGUCCCUGGAGCCGGGGGCAUUGCGUCCCUCAGAUGUAACGCCAACGGCAACAAAAUAAGCAUCCUCCUCAGCAAGGCUGACAACAGCCCCGAUUCAAAAAUCUGCUUCUAUGAUGUGGACACGGACACGGUAACCAUCUUCGACUUCAAGACAGGACAGAUUGAUUGGAAAGAGACAUUGUCCUUUGUUGGGCAGGAAACUAAGAAGAACCUUGCCUUUUCGGAUGAGAGCCUGGCUCAUCACGUGCCCAGGAGCCACUUCUGGGAUCAGAGUGAUCCCAGGCUGUUUGUGUGCGAGGUCGUGCAGGAGGUCCCAGGAGCCCAGCUGCAGCCCGCAGACAGGAAGGUCCACGCCGAGGACAGCGCUGGCCCCACGGCGGACGUGUUGAUUCUGUCCUUCUUUGUUUCUGACGAGCACGGCCUCUUGCUUCAGGACAGCUUCCCCCAGCCUCCCGCCUACCAGUCUCUCCUGGGAAUGGAAGUACCCCAUUAUUAUUUCACCAGAAAGCCGGGAGAAGCAGACAGAGACGACUGGGCAGAUUCGGGGCACCACUCCAUCCCCCAGAUGGUGGGCAGGAGGCCCCUGCGAGACUUCGUGGGGCUGGAGGACUGCGACAAACCCACCCGGGACACCAUGCUCAACUUCAGCUUCUUCGUCACUGUCGGAGACAUGGAUGAGGCUUUCAAAUCUAUCAAACUCAUCAAAAGCGAGGCUGUCUGGGAGAACAUGGCACGCGUGUGUGUGAAGACCCAGCGGCUGGACGUCGCCAAGGUGUGCCUGGGCAACAUGGGCCAUGCACGUGGAGCCCGCGCCCUGCGGGAAGCUGAGCAGGAACCAGAGCUGGAGGCCCGGGUGGCUAUGCUGGCGAUACAACUGGGCAUGCUGGAGGAGGCCGAGCAGCUGUACAAGAAAUGCAAGCGUUAUGACCUUCUCAACAAGCUCUACCAGGCCUCCAGUCAGUGGCAGAAAGCCAUAGAAGUCGCCGAACUCCAGAACCGUGUCCACCUGCGCACCACGUACUAUAACUACGCCAAGCACCUGGAGACCAGCUCUGACUGCAGCCUGGCCCUCAGCUACUACGAGAAAUCAGACACCCACCGCUUCGAGGUGCCCAGGAUGCUGUCAGAGGACCUACAGUCCCUGGAGCUCUACAUCAAUAAGACGAAGGACAAGACCCUGUGGAGGUGGUGGGCCCAGUAUCUGGAAAGCCAGGCAGAGAUGGACGCCGCGCUGAACUACUACAACCUGGCACAGGACCACUUCUCCCUGGUCCGCAUUCAUUGCUUCCAGGGCAACAUCCAGAAGGCUGCUAAAAUAGCCAACGAGACCGGAAACUGGGCCGCGUCCUAUCACCUGGCCCGGCAGUAUGAGAGCCAGGACGAGGUGAGGCAGGCAGUGCACUUCUACACGCGGGCUCAGGCCUUCAACAAUGCUAUUCGUCUGUGCAAGGAGAAUGGCCUGGACGACCAGCUCAUGAACUUGGCCCUGCUGAGCUCCCCCGAGGACAUGAUUGAGACAGCACGCUAUUAUGAGGAAAAGGGCGAGCAGAUGGACAGGGCGGUCAUGCUGUACCACAAGGCUGGCCACUUCUCCAAGGCCUUGGAGCUGGCUUUCGCCACCCAGCAGUUUGUGGCCCUGCAGCUCAUCGCUGAAGACCUGGACGAGAAGUCGGACCCUGCCCUCCUGGCCCGCUGCUCAGACUUCUUCCUUGAGCACAGUCAGUACGAGAAGGCGGUGGAGCUGCUGCUGGCUGCCAAGAAGUACCAGGAGGCCCUGCAGCUCUGCCUGGAGCAGAACAUGACCAUCACCGAGGAGAUGGCCGAGAAGAUGACCGUGGCCAAGGACUGCACGGAUCUGUCGGAAGAGUCGCGACGUGACCUGCUAGAGCAGAUCGCCAACUGCUGUAUGCGCCAGGGCAAGUACCACCUGGCGACUAAGAAGUACACACAGGCCGGGAACAAGCUCAAGGCCAUGAGAGCGCUGCUCAAGUCUGGGGACACAGAGAAAAUCGUGUUCUUCGCGGGCGUCUCGAGGCAAAAGGAAAUCUACAUCAUGGCAGCCAACUACCUGCAGUCCCUGGACUGGCGGAAGGAGCCGGAGACCAUGAAGAACAUCAUCAGCUUCUACACCAAGGGGCGGGCCCUGGACCUGCUGGCUGGCUUCUAUGAUGCCUGUGCUCAGGUGGAGAUCGACGAAUACCAGAACUACGAGAAGGCCCAUGGGGCGCUGACUGAGGCCUACAAGUGCCUGUCCAAGGCCAAGGCCAAGAGCCCCCUGGACCAAGAGACCAAGCUGGCUCAGCUGCAGAGCAAGAUGACGCUGGUGAAGCGGUUCAUCCAGGCGCGCAGGUGCGUUCCCACAGGGAGGGGGGCCUACAAGUAUCUGGAGGAGAUGCGGAGACUUCCUGCCGCCAACAUGUCCUACUACGUGACCCAGCAGACUGUGGAUGCUGUGCACCGGGGCCUGGGCAUCCCUCUGGCUCGCAUGGCGCCCGAGCGGACCCGCCACAACAGCAGGGAGGACCCCAAGGAGGUGGACGAGGAGGUGAUGGAGGAAGUCGAGAACAACCCCUGACAGCCUGCUGCUGUGAAAGCUCUUCUGGAACUUUCCAUCAUCUGUAGUAGCAAGAGCCUGCCUUUCUUGCUGAAAGAAAAGCUUUUGUGUUUGAGUACAUAGCUGUGGGGCCCAGGGCUCGGGCUGGCCUGCCUAGGAGAGGUGAGAGUGCGCAUUUUGGAGUCGUCCCUUCCAUGUUCCUGACCCUGCGGAGUUUGGUUUAACCCCUUUACUGUAAAGGGAGUUGGUUCAUUUUUCCCACAGCUUUCUUCCAAGUACAGAUUGUAAAGCCUAAGAAACUUCUAGAACGUCACGCAGAGGAUGUUAGUAUAUACACUGCAUCUUGUCGCAGCACCCAAGCAGGGUGCUUGACAGUGCGUCCAUGUUUCCAGCAGAAUGCACCGUUCCUGAGAUACAAGGCAGCGGUGGAGGGGGAGGGGUUCCUCUCUUCCAGGCAGCUUCACAGCAGCCCUGAUGGCUCUGUCCUUUAGGCUGUGCCACUUCUGUCAUCAGCUCCCACUGCGAGGGGAGGGGGACCUCGGAGUCCAGCCUCGGGCUGCCAAAACCCUCCUAAUAAAGUUUUUUUCCUCAGAG